UCUUCACAGAAACAUCAAGAUAAGCCAAAAGCAAUGAAGACUUCCAUGAGCAUCGUGGUUGUCUUCUUCUUUGUGGCCUUCUACGCCAUCUCUGCUGCUUCCUUAAACCCUGAGGAAACUUGCAUACGAAGAAACAUGGACAGGUCGCGACCGCCAAGCUCUUCAUUAGAACCCAAUAAGUCAAUGUUCGACUCUCUUAGGGACACUUUGUGCAGAGACAUGGGUCGUGCUGUCAUGUUCUAUGUGAGGAUAAACGGGAAAUUUCCAUCUCACUAUGUGAAGGCGAUGUGUAAUGUGUUUGGAAAUGAUGAGAAGAAAGUGAAGGAGUAUGUUAUGGAGAAGUGGUUGGGAGGUUCGAAGCUCGUGUCUAAUAUAUCUUGUGCUAUUCAUUGAUAUGUUCUGUGAUUGACACUAAAAACUUAAGACACUACUACUAUGAUUUUGUAUUUUAGACUUUUAGAGUGGCUACCGGUUAAAGAAUAUGAUACAUUACCAUUGAUGUUGAAGCAAUU